GAGAGGAGCGACAGGGUAAAAGGUCAUAUGGCAGUCUCCAUCGUUAGCUCAGGAUGUAAAGAGAGCUGGGUGAGCUGUCACAGGCAACUGCUGGGUCCUCCUGGCAUUGUACCAAAACGUUACCUGCUAGUGCAGGCUUCCUUGGCAGGAUGAGUUACAGAAUGAUGAGCCAGUGCCUGACGCUGCUGCUGGUUUUCCAUUGGGCUCUAAAAACAGCAGAAGCCCACGAACAUAGAACCGUUGGUGUGGGGUCUUCAGUGCUGCUGACUGCAUUGCCCACCGAUGACCAAACAGUCAUAGACCAUAUACAGUGGGAAUACAUAAAUAGCACAGUUUCCGAUAUUGUGGAUUACUAUAGAACUGGAAGCAAACCUACGAUCUAUAAACCAUAUGAAGAGAGAAUCAUUUUCUAUUCCAACGGCUCCCUCUUGUUGAAAAACGUACAAGAGACAGACAGCGGGACCUACAGAGCUACCAUCAAUUUGAACAAAAUUGAAGCCAGGGAAACUACACUGCUCGUCUUAGAGCCUAUCUCCAAAACUCAGCUACAGAUAAAUUCUACUGUGGCCGGUUCAUCUAUUGAAUUAUCCUGCAAGGUGCUGGUUGGCAAAGUGCAAGCUAUUGAUUGGAAGAAAGAUGGGAAGCCCCUACCCAGGAACAGAUGUUACUGGCUCUCUGAAAACUUCAGUCUUUUGUACAUACCAGAAGCACAGAAAUCAGAUUGUGGAUCCUUUUCUUGUAAUGCCAGCAGUGAUAUAAACUGGCAGGAAACCUCAGUGAAUUUGACCAUUGAAGGUAUCAUGCCUUCACUGAAGCAUGCACUGAAAAUUUCUACUGUUGUUCUUGUUAUUGCAACAACAUUGGCUGCUGGAUCUGGAUUGGGCUUCAUUAUCUUGUGCUGUCAAUCAGAAAAGAAAAAAAUUACGGGAGAGCUGUGGAGAUGGCCUGUCGUAUUCAUCCAUGGGCUUGUGUGUGUCUCGGCCAUCCUGAUGUUCACUGCUGCUGUCUUCUGGAUAUGGGAAGAAGGUCUCACCACAGCCCUUGUAUUGUAUAUGUUUUUCCUCACAUUGGUGAUCAUGGUAACACUUCUCAUAAGUGUGGUCUUGGCAAUUUGUCCCCAACACCUUGGGAUAUUUAAAAAGAAAACAAUGUACCGCGUCAUUCUGGAUACUGCAGCUCUUGGGGGAGUGAUUCUGGUUGUGGUGUUUGCCAUCUUCCUUAUACAGAACAUCCAGCAACUCCAAAGACAAGGCUGCUCACCAUUUUUUGACAGCAGAGCUGCCACCCAUAUCUCUGCUGCAAUUUCUCUCCUUAUUCUUCUAGUGUCCUUUGUAUGGUAUCACAGGAAGAAAAAAAGCCCAGGAAAGGAUCAGCAAGAAGGACAGCAUGCAGAAGUUUUACAGUCCUUGGAUGGCCAGAGCUGCAGAACUGACCAGCCAGCAAGCAUGGUUGAAGAGACAUUUGAGGCGAAAGUUAACAUAGCAGAAUAAAUUUCAAACAUUUUCAUUGCUUUUCCUAUGAAUAAGCCCCCUAACAGAGUUAAAUGAGGCUCCAGAAGCUGAAAGCCAGGAAUGAAAGGUAUGUAUCCUCCAGGUCAGUGGUUCUCAGGUGGGAUUACAAGGCAGUAUUUAGUGUAUCAGAGCUUAGGGUGCACCAUGGUUUCUGUUUAAAACUGAAUUUUUAGUGCUCCCUCCAAACAAAGAUACAAUGAUCUGCCUGAAAUUUGGAAUGCUCAUUCAAGACCCAGGGUACAGUUUGUAAUACAGAUUUAGAGUCUCGUAGCCAUGUGUUUGUGACAUACAGCCACCCUCAAAACAGGACCCAUGAAAAUAAGCUAGUUUUUGUAUGUGAAGAGAUACCUGGAGGGAAGGUGAUCUCUCCUCCCCCAAGAAUACUUUGUUGCCUAGACCAAAGUCACUUACUGUAGGAGGAGGAAUAGAAUCUAGAGGUGAGAACCUGGCUCUGUUGAAGUCAAGGGGAGUUUUGCCACUAGGUUCAGGAUUUCACCCUAGGUCUCUGCUAGGGGCAAGUCUACACUAGAGUGCUACAUGGGUGCAGCUGCACUGAUGCAGCUACGGCAGAUCUGGUGAAGACGCGCUAUGCCGACAGGAGAGCGCUCUUCCAUCAGCAUAAUUACUCCACCUCCAUGAGAGGCGGAAGCUAUGUCGGUGGGAGAGCAUGUCCCACUGACACAGUGCUGGUAUGGACAGUGCUUAGAGUACCCUAACUUGCGUGUCCGGGGAUGUGUGUCUUUUUCACACCCCUGAGCAAUGUAAGUUACAGCAACUUAAGCAGUAGUGUAGACCAGCCCUAUGACACACCUAAGCAUUAUUCUCACAGCUAGAAAACUUCAAGAAUGUGCCAAAUCACUGUGCUUGACUGCAUACACUCACCAACAAAGCACCGAGAACACAGAGCUGAAUUGGCCAAACUAAUAAUUGCAUAUGAUGUGUAGUACAGCAAACAAGGCAAAGGCCUGCAGGAAGAGAUGGUUAGAGCAGUGGCCUGGGAUCCACAAGAGCUGGGUCCUGUUCUGGGCUAUAUCACAGGUUUUCUAUAGGACGCUGGGGAAGUUAAGCCGGCACUUUGAAAGUUGUUGCUGUCCCGAGGUGAGUGUGGAGAGCUACCCUGCCCCCACAAUCACUGUGAUAUUCAGGAAGGAAGAUGGCUGUGUGUUUAAGACACUGGAUUAGGACUCCAAAGAGCUGUGUACAACUCUGGGCUCUGCCACAAACUAGUUCAGUGACCUUGAUGAAGCCACGUGGGGCCUGAUUUUCCAAAGCGCUCAGGGGGUUGGCUGCAGAGCACUUUGCAAGUCUGGCCUUAAAUUAGGUGCCUCAGCGUGAGCUGAACUCCAUGGAAAAUCUGGCCACAAUUGUUGGUGCCACGUACUUGAAAAUCUGGUUCUUAAUCUCAGUGCCUCGGUUUCCCUAUCUGUAGGCUAUAUUGGUGUUUCAGGGGCCUGCCCAUCCUAUGAGAUUCAUUUGGAGUUUAGGAGCCAGAGGGAGUUUGCUUGACUAAAAAUUGAAAAAGCAUGCUGAAGAACACAGCCCCAACCUCAAGGAUCCCCCUCCAGCAGGCUGCACCAUGACAGGUGCACCUGCAAUACUUUCUCUUUGGACCAGCCAUAAAAGGAACACAGUUUCCCUUAAUAUCCAAUUAAAAAGCCUACUUCUAGGCAUAACUUCUUCCUGUACAAGUUCAACAGGCGACAGAAUGCUCCUGAUCACACCAUUCUCCCCAAAUACAACAGGUUCACAGCAGUUUUCCUUGCCCCAUCCUGGGGCAUCAUUUCCAGCUCAUCUUCCCAAGAGGGUCUUUAAUCAGUCUGUCCCCAGACUUUCUGCCCUUGUUCCAUGCCUUCGCUAUCCAGGCCAUCCACCUGAGCACACCCCGAUUCACUUCUUGCCCAUGACACAUCUCCUGUAGCCCCAUGUCAGGUCUCCCAUGAAAGAACUCCAGCAGUGUACAUUCCCCAGGCCUCCUCCUCGUACGUCCUACCCUUACUGCUGGAAUCUGCCCUCCAGCAUCAACCCUUUUGUUCAGGCUCAGCUCCCCCUGACCACACUGGUUCUCCUGCUUGUUCUUAGGGGCCUUUACACAAACUCUCCUGUAAGUCAACAGGGGUUCCCCAGAUCCGGCCAGACAUCACCAAGAAUGUUCUUUACGAUGGUGCUCUCCUCUGUUGCUUGUUUCUCUCCAGGCCUCUCUUUUCCUCCCUCCAGAGUACUCACCUGUCCCUUUCAUGACUGACUCUUCCACUGUCUCACUCUCUUCCCAUUUAUAUGGCCCAGGUGCCUUCUCUUCAACCUACCUAGGGAUCAACUGACCAAUCACAGAUGAACUAGUCACUGCUCCCUCUUAAAGGUGCAAGUACCUGUGACAGAGCUCAGAAUUUUGGAGGGUCAUUCUCCAUUAGUGACUGUAUAGGGUGACCAGACAGCAAAUGUGAAAAAUUGGGACGGGGGUGGAAGGUAAUAGGAGCCUAUAUAAGAAAAAGACCCAAAAAUCGGGACUGUCCCUAUAAAAUCGGGACAUCUGGUCACCCUAUGUUUGUAAGUCAUGAGAUGAUACAACUAAGAGGAGAAAAAUACGUAGGGGUCAUUUGUGUAUUUAGAAGUAUUCAAGAAUUUAAAGUGGCUAGGCCUGGUCAUUCAGUAGAAGGCUGAGGCUUGCACUGAAUAACCAACAUGUUUCCACUUGGGGAUCUCAUGCCUUACAUUGUAAAAGUUUGCUAAGCUGAGAACAAGGGCAAGGAAAUGCAUGUGUUGUUCA